UAUGGAAUCAGGUUACGUUUAAAACCAUGCCCCUUUAAUCAAGUUGUCCAAUUAGAAUCUUUCCACACUGAUAUUUAUCUAAGACUCACCCAUUGUUAUAUAGACUGUGUGUCCAGGGUGCUCCCAGACAGUUUUUUGAACUUGCUGAAAAGGGAGCUCUCUAAACCUGUCUAUGCUUUUUGGAUAAUUUUCCAACUUUUGCUAUUUUCUUUUUGUGAUUUACUUCAUUUAUAGAUUUUGAUUUUUUAUAUUCUUACAUUUUGUCUAUUGACAACUAUUUCUGCAGUUUAUUGUUUCGUUUCCAAAAGGGGAAAUCUUUAGGAUAUUCAAGGAAUAAUCAUGGAGUCUGUAUCCAAAACCAAAAACAGAACUCCACAGACAUGCCCUGUCUGCUAUAGACCACACAAGAUUCUCUCAACACAUCUGAAAAGAAAGUGUAUGAGACUGAGCACAGAUGAAGCCAGGAAAGCGGCAUUAGAAUCGGCCAAGAAGACCCUGGUCAAUAUAGCAUCGAAGGGCACUACCAUUUCUUACGAUGAGAUCAUGUCUCUAGGAUCUCUGGAAAAAGUUGUACCUUUUCUAGAGGACAGAGGCUUUAUAAUAUCAGACAAGCCGGCUUCAAACAGGAAUGUCAGACAAGAGAUAACACCUACCUCUGUGUCUGCUGCCACCUCCACAUUGCAAGCAGUGGCCUCUCAAGUACAGCCACUUCACACGGAAGACGACGAGGACACAUUCCAACCUCAAGAAGAUUUGGAGGUCGCACAUGGCAAUGUGGAGCCUGAAGAAGAAAUUGAGGAUGUGCCAGCCGAGACCGAGGACCAAGAUAUAGAAGAGAGAGACAGCAUUCCAGAAGAAGACCACGAGGAAGGACAAGAAAGAAGACAAGAUGAAGAAAUUGAGGAAAUUGAUAACCUCGAUAGUGAGACACAGAGAAUCCUACAGACAAAAUGGACAGUGAAUACAAGAAAGAAGAUGAUGGCUGAAGGGUUGUACCAACGUCAUUCAUUAGACAACCCAAUGCUGAAGGGCUUUGCCUCCUAUCUGAAGGACACUUUGAAGGUCAAUAAUUAUAAACAGGAGGUUGAAGAUGUUGCAAGGUUCCUUUUUUACAUGAACCCAAAGACCGUAAACCUACAGUUCGUGAAGGAUGUGGAAAAGGCCAACGCCUUCUUUACCAAGCUGAGGGAUUUGAAUCUUGCAAACCAGACCAUCUUCAACUACCUGAAACAUGUCCGGAGGUUUAUGACCUAUCAGCUAAGAUCCACCAACCUCUUUACCAAACAUCCAAAUUUGUAUAAGUCCUGCGAAUUCUUUCACAAGGUGACCGAUGACAUACAAAAGAGGUUGUCAAAGGGCAUUUCUAGAGAGGUUGUCAGCAAACGGUACCAGGCAUUGACAACCACUUCAAAGACACCCCAGGAAUGUCGCAGGCUUCUAGAUGUGGCAAAACCAUCAUUCUCACAGUGUUUCAAGGAUGUCCAAGGUAGAAACACUGAUCGAGAAACAUAUCUAGAAAUUCUUUAUUAUUUGGAGGCCCUGCUUAUAUUGAAACAUCUACAACGACCAGGGGUAGUGCAAAAUAUGACCGUUUCUGAGCGGAAAGAACGAAUCUCCCACACAUAUAAUGGGGAAGAUCUUGCUAUAGUCGGUGUUAAGUUACACAAGACAGCUUCACAACAAGUGGCUACUUUUGUACUAAACAAGGAGGAAGAAAUGUGGUUUAAAGUCUACUUUGAAAAAGCUAGACCAAAGUUGCUACAGAAAGACUCUCCAAAGGAUACAUUCUUCAUAUCGACCUCUGGAAAAGAGAUUUAUAACGUUUCCAAUGACAUCAUGCGGUACCACAAGAAAUUCAAACUUCCCAACAUCUCUAGCCAGCUUGUCAGGAGGGUUUGUGAAACUUGGACCAUUCCUCAUUAUUCAGACUCCGAAAAGAAUAUGUUUUCAAAAUAUCUGGCACAUACCAACCUCACGGCCGAACGAAGCUAUAGGGAGAAGACGCUAACGGAUAUUUGCCAUGGCUACCAACUAGUAAUACAAGCAGGGCAAGUGACGAGUGAUGAGCCACAAGCCAGCACCUCAAGACAUCUGGAUCCAGAAGAACAUCGAGAAAGCCAGGAUGAUCACAGUGAGCAAGACGAGGACAUCACUUCCCAGAACACCUCAAGAAAUCGGGAUUCUGAAGAUCGUCAGGCAAGCCAGGAUGAGGACUCUACUUCAAAGGAUGAGAACAGCAACGAAGACGAGGACAUCACUUCCCAGGACACAAUCAGUGACGAGGAUGAUACUGGCUGGACUUCAAGAGCACCAACUCCCAUAGUGCCAGCGAUGUCAACAAGGUCCUGUGGGAAAAGGCAGAAAGCACCAUCAAGCUCUAGCAGGACUAAAUGUUGCCGGAGAAGUACUCGACUACGAAGAUAA